AUGCUGACAUCAAAUGAUAAUAAGCACCAAAUAAAUGAUGAAAUUAUGGAUUCAAUACGGAUUCAAAAUAUUUAUAUCGAAAGAAAAUACAUAAAACUUGAAUCUGUAUUAGGAAUGGGAGAGUUCGGCAAAAUUUAUAAAGCAUUACUCUUUGAUCAACAAAUACAUAAUGAGAUACAAGUGGCCGCAAAAACUAUAAAAAAGUCAAAGAUAAGUGAUGUCAAUACUAUCGAAACAUUUCUAAAGGAAGGCCUUAUAAUGAAAGACUUCAAUCAUUUGAAUGUCUUAACACUUAUAGGUGUCUGCUUUGAAACAACCGGUGAACCGAUAAUUGUUUUACCUUUUAUGUCAAACGGAGAUUUGUUAUCAUAUAUUAGAAAUGAUAACAAUUAUCUAACAGCAAGAAUGCUACUCAUGUUUGCCAUCGAUAUAGCAAAAGGUAUGUCUUAUCUAUCGGAACAUCAUAUCAUUCACCGGGAUUUGGCCGCUCGUAACUGUCUUAUCGACGAUAAAUUAUUAGUCAAAAUAGCAGACUUUGGUUUAUCAAGAGAUUUGUUUAAUAAAGAUUAUUACAAAAGUAUUAAUCAAAAAUGUAAACUUCCGGUCAAAUGGAUGUCACCCGAGAGUCUGGAAAGAGGUAUAUAUGAUACCAAAACUGAUGUCUGGUCUUAUGGUGUACUCGUAUGGGAACUGAUGACCCGCGGAGUUAAACCAUAUCCUAAUGUGUCCAACAACAUUAUGCUGACAUCAAAUGAUAAUAAAUACCAAAUAAGUGAUGAAAUUAUGGAUUCAAUACGGAUUCAAAAUAUUUAUAUCGAAAGAAAAAACAUAAGACUUGAAUCUGUAUUAGGAAUGGGAGAGUUCGGCAAAGUUUAUAAAGCAUUACUAUUUGAUCAACAAAUACAUAAUGAGAUACAAGUGGCCGCAAAAACUUUAAAAAAGUCAAAGAUAAAUGAUGUCAAUACUAUCGAAGCAUUAUAA